AUGAAUUACAGUAACAUCAAGUUCGAGACCAAGGUGCCCAUCAUCUCGUCCGAAGUCAGCACACACCGCACCUUCAUGGACACUGUUGGCCGCUCGACGCUCCAGCUCACUGCACUAAACGUUGUCGACGACUUCCGCGGCAAGGAGCUCGUCGUGACCUAUGACUACCCCUUCCUCGCAGGCUUCAGGAAGCCUAUUGUCAUCUUCAGCUCCAUGAUGGCAACCUUCGGCGUCGCAUAUCUCAUCAGCAGACUCGAUGUCAGCAUCGGCAGAAAAGCGUAG